AUGGAGGUCGGGCGGAUCUCUUUCACCUUCCAGCUCGACUGCUCCUCAGAGUGCGAGUUCGUCUUCAUGGAGGGGUCAGCCAAGAAGGGCGUCACUAUCCUGCAGAGCUGGACAGGUCAACAGCCUCGGCAGUUCUACAGCUACCUCGUCAGGAGGAACGACUCCUUCACCUUCUCCUGGGCCUUCCAGAAGGUUUCGUGGGAGAAGAGCUACUUGCGGCCGAGCUCGUCGCGCCGGUACGAAGGCGACGUCGCUAAAAUAUUCAACAUCAACGUCACCAACACCGUUGACGGGGGAGCCUCCACCUGCCUCCCCUGUCCCCAGGUGGGACUUUCGUCUCCUGUAAGACCCCAAGUUCAUCCCGUGACGCAAAUGUCGACGCGCGCAUGCGAGGACGGGCGGCGCAGUACGGUGACGGUACGGUGCGCGCUGGAGGAGUCCGGUCAGGGGGCCGUGACGCUGCCCAAGCGCUGCCCCGACGGCACCUGCGACGGCUGCAACUUCCACUUCCUGUGGGCCACGCCCUACGGCUGCCCCAUCUGCUCCCCAACCGACCUCAU